AUGUCAUUGAGAUCGAGCAAAUCCACUCCUGAUAGUCAAAACAAUGCUCCACAACCACGAACCUCAUCACAAGAUGAAAGCGACCCUUUCUACCAUGAAAGAUCACAUACAUCUCAUCAAUUGUCUCAGGAGGAACUCCCCAACAUUGAGCAAGAUUUGACUGACAGUGAGGACGAGGAUGAGUUUAUUAGAAGGUUUGGUGACAUCAAUUUUCAAUACAUCAAACCUCCUAGAGAAAAUUUUUGGUUCAUCAGACCACAUGCACUCAACUACUUCAAAGAUGGUGUAUUAUUUCGCACAAAAGGUGAACGGGGAAGCUCUAGGACUGAAUUGUUUUUGGAUUUGCUUUAUGUAGGAUUGAUUGCUAACUUGGCCGGGGAAGCGAGUGAAGAUGCCAGUGGAUUGGCCUUGUUGAAAUACGUUUUGUUCUUCUUACCUAUCUGGGUAGUGUGGGCAGAUAUUAAAGAUUUCACCAAUUACUAUUAUAACGAAGAUUUGUCACAGAAGUUGUACAUUUUUUGGAUUCUUUGCUUAUUAACUUUAUACAUAAACAGUCACUACGAUAUCACAGAGAGCUAUAGCAAAGCAGCAAUACCAGUUGUUUCCUACAUUUUGUGUCGGUUGUCCUUGGCUGUUUCAUUGGUUGUGUAUUCUAUUUUCAUACCAGAACAUCGUACACAACAAAGAUUGUACGCUGCCACUAUUUUUGUAACUUCAAUGUGUUGGUUAUCGGUGAUAUUUGUCUCCACGAGAGUCAAGAUUGCCCUCGCAUUUGUAUUUCUUUUCCUAGAACAAGUAUGCUUUUCAGUAUGUUUCCACCCAUGGACCAAAAGGAUGUUGAAACUAACCAUGUCCACGGCAUUGAACAUCGAGCACGAGGUUGAAAGAUUUUCCGUGUUUGUGACCAUUGCCAUCGGUGAAUACUUGUACAAAGUUGUUUCUAAUGGGUCAUUGGGGGUGGGAUUCAGUGCCAAAUAUGCCAGGGGUAUCUUCUUAUUAGCCGAUGCAUACAUCUUGUUUUGGCUCUAUCAGUAUGGAGGGACAAAUAGCAGAGCUAUUCAUCCAUUAAGAAAUAGUGGGACAACAGCAAUGUUGUGGAUAUACGCUCACGUGCCAUUAAUUGCAGCACUAGUGUUAUCAGCCGACGCUGGAGGUGACUUGUGUGCCAUUGAUAAUCCCAGCACUAAAAAGCACCAGCACUUGGAAGCCAGAAAUGAAGGGGAAGAGUCCGAAAGAAACAUGUAUGCGUUGGCAUUCUUUUAUACUGGAGGAAUAGGUGUGGCUUUGGUGUGCAUGUUUGUGUUGGGAUUGGUGGAAAAGGGUCGUGAUCCUCCAAAUUACUUCAUACUUCCUCAAAAGCUUCGAGUGUUUUGGAGAUUGCCCAUUGGUAUCAUCGUUAUCAUGAUUACUUUUGCUGAAAUGAACUCAACUUUGUUAAUGGGAAUUGUGACUUUACUUUUGGGGAUAUUAUUGGUCUUUGAAAGUUUUGUUUCUACUCCAAGAAAUUGCUUGUUCAACACUCGACCUAGUGGUGAAGCUGUCCGAGAUGUCGCUAUUUGA